GAAACACAAUGAAAAAUUCGGUUCCUUGUGGCCACAUUUCCAGUACCCAGUAGUCAUUUGUGCCAGGGGUUAUCCAGCUACAGAACAUUCCCAUCAUUGCAGAAGGUUCUAUCAGUUAGCACUGGAUUGGACGACAUUUGCUAAGACGAGCUAGCUAGAGCACGGUUCUCCGGACCUGGUUCCAUGUGGUUCCCAGCUGGCUGGAGGCGUGAUCCUGGGUGUAGCCUUGUGGCUCCGCCAUGACCCGCAGACCACCAACCUCCUGUAUCUGGAGCUGGGAGACAAGCCUGCACCCAACACCUUCUACGUAGGCAUCUACAUCCUCAUCGCUGUGGGCGCUGUGAUGAUGUUCGUUGGCUUCCUGGGCUGCUACGGGGCCAUCCAGGAAUCCCAGUGCUUGCUGGGGACGUUCUUCACCUGUCUGGUCAUCCUGUUUGCCUGUGAGGUGGCGGCCGGCAUCUGGGGCUUUGUCAACAAGGACCAGAUCGCCAAGGAUGUGAAGCAGUUCUAUGACCAGGCCCUACAGCAGGCCGUGGUGGAUGACGACGCCAACAACGCCAAGGCCGUGGUGAAGACCUUCCACGAGACGCUCGACUGCUGUGGCUCCAGCACGCUGGCCGCUCUGACCACCUCAGUGCUCAAGAACAAUCUGUGUCCCUCGGGCAGCAACAUCAUCAGCAACCUCCUCAAGAAGGACUGCCACCAGAAGAUCGAUGAGCUCUUCUCCGGGAAGCUGUACCUCAUCGGCAUUGCUGCCAUCGUGGUCGCCGUGAUCAUGAUCUUCGAGAUGAUCCUGAGCAUGGUGCUGUGCUGUGGCAUCCGGAACAGCUCCGUGUACUGAGGCCCCGCAGCUCUGGCCGCAGGGACCUCUGCAGUGCCCCCCGAGUGACCCGGACACUUCUGAGGGGGCCAUCACCGCCUGUGUAUAUAACGUUUCCGGUAUUACUCUGCUAUACGUAGCCUUUUUACUUUUGAGGUUUUGUUUUUGUUCUGAACUUUCCUGUUACCUUUUCAGGGCUGACGUCACAUGUAGGUGGCGUGUGUGAGUGGAGACGGGCCUGGGCCUUGGGGACUGGAGGGCAGGGGUCCUUCUGCCCCUGGGGUCCCAGGGAGUUCUGCCUACUCAGCCAGGCCUCUCCUGGGAGCCACUCGCCCAGAGACUCAGCUUGGCCGACCUGGGGGGCUGUGUCCACCCAGCCCGCCCGUCCUGUGGGCUGCACAGCUCACCUUGUUCCCUUCUGCCCCGGUUCGAGAGCCGAGUCUAUGGGCACUCUCUGCCUUCAUGCACCUGUCCUUUCUAACAGUCACCUCCAACUGUAAUCACAACAUCCUGAAUCUGUCAUUUAAUAAAGAAGGAACGUCAGGCAUGCUACCA